CUUUGAUUCUACCUACAGGAUAACUCGUAACUAAAGGGUUUUGUGAUGGCUGGAUUUCUUGCAUACCACGAACCUGGUAUCGUUGAAAUCUUGAUCAUCAUAUCAUUCUUCUUUCUUUUGUCAUUGGCCGAAUGGAUUUCGACUAAGAUCAUUCGUGCCGGUAUAAUUGGCCAAAUUGCCGUCGGAAUAAUCUAUGGCAAACCGUUGGCCAAUAUAUUGGAGUACCCGUGGCAGCAGACUUUCCUUGCCAUUGGGUAUGUUGGUUUGAUCUUGAUCAUCUUUGAAGGUGGCCUACAAGUCAGACUCGAUCUAUUGAAGCAAAACUUUCUUCUUAGCGUCCUCGCGGCAGCUACAGGUGUCUGCUUCCCAAUUGGGCUUUCAUACCUGCUGUUGUACCUGGGCUAUGGAUAUGGCGCGGUCGAGACAUUCAUCAUUGGAGCUGCGCUAUCGGCGACUUCCUUGGGCACUACCUUUUCCGUCAUUUCAUCCGCUGCGAGCGCAAUAGACCUUUCCCAAACUCGAGUUGGCUCGGUUCUUGUGAGUGCUGCUGUGAUCGAUGAUGUGGUCGGCCUUGUGUUGUCUAGCGUCAUUGGAGACUUAGGAGAGCUUUCCGGGCCCGCCGCCAGUCAUGUCAAUCUUGGUUGGAUCAUCGGCCGACCGAUUGUAGCCUCUGCGGCCAUGGCGAUUCUCACACCAAUUUUCACAAAGUGGAUCUUUGCACCGAUUUUCCGACGCUGGAUCGAACACAAAUUCGCCAAGUUUGAUCAUGUCUCUAACAUCCUCUUGAUGGUCUUGGUCUUAUCCGCCUUCAUCAGUAUCGCCGCAUAUGCAGGCACGUCAGUCCUGUUUGGUGCAUUCCUCGCUGGUACGUUUCUCACAUACUUGCCGAGCAAGCAUCCAGAUGGUCCGUUUGUCGUUAUGAGCCGUGAAGAAGGUGAGCGAAAUGCCGACAAAAGCCCGAAAUUCAUCCACACGUUCGAGUUGUAUCUCUUGGAUACUCAAAAGUAUCUCAUGGAGCCACUCUUCUUCGCCAGUAUUGGAUUUGCGAUUCCUUUCGUAGAGCUCUGGACGGGAGAACGAAUCUGGAGAGGAAUCGUGUUCACUUUACUCAUGGCUUUUGCAAAAUUCAUUGUCGGCCUGUGGAUUCCUCUCUGGAAAUUCUUGGGUCCAUCAAAGGCUCGUUCUAGCGCAGUCCUUGAGUCGCCAACCGCCAACAACGAGGCAAGUGGGCAUGGCCCUGCAUCGCUUGCUGGGCUACUACUCGGCUCGGCGAUGGUGGCACGAGGGGAGAUCGGCCUUCUCAUCAUAGAAGUUGGGUAUAAUGAAACGAGCUAUGUGAGUCAAGAUGGCUUCAUCACCGCAGUGUGGGCUAUCCUUCUCAAUACCAUCAUUGGCCCCGUCAUAGUGGGCAACUUGGUCAAAUAUCGCGGGAAGAAGAUCGGCGAGGGUGAAUGGGGAUUGCAAAAACAACGAGAGCCCUUGACACCAAGUCCCAGGGCGCCUCAGGCAUGAACAAGAUUAUGGACAAGCUGGCCUUGUUCACCAACUUCAAGGCUUUUUGGGAUAUUUGGUAUUGGCCAUCAUGUAGUUACUUACACAGAGAUUCGUGAUCUUUAUUUGGCAGUAUAGCCAAUGAACAUGCUUGAGACAUCACUCACCCGGUUGGGCUUGCAGAGUGGUCCAUCUCUUGAAUGCCGUGGCAUCGUCACCAUUCCUCCAUCCCCAUGAAAUACAGUAAUGCCGAGCAAGCAAUCGCCACUCUUCCAUCUCGUCCAAAAACUCAAGACUGGCUACGCGCUCCUUUUCUUCCUCCUCUACCCAGCGCUCCCAAAGGAAAUCGAUAUCAGCGGCAGCUUGACCAGUCUCAAACCCUUGCUCAAGCAAUCGAGCCCGCUGGGCCUCCAAAGACGCAUACUUAUUGAGUGUUUGGAGUUGAAUUCCUCGAGCCGCUAGAUUAGACACCAUGGUCCGUCCGAAGGGGUCGUUUGGGCGAAUUGGUUCGUAUAAGACCAGUCCGAGAGGGGGAACACUGCGCAAACCUUGGGGCUUUUCACUCCCGUCAGAGGGCACAUGCGUAGGACCAAAAACAUGUUCAGUGAAGAAAGUGACCACCUGGGCUGCUUCGGACGGAGAAAGAUAUAUCAGACAGCAUUCUGAUAUCAGCAAUGUCGGUAGGCUCCUGUCCACGCCUGGGAGCGCUUCAGUGAGGGAGAGGUUCGCCGACAACGAUCGGAGGUCGCACGGAUGGAUAUGAUAUGAGGGUGCAUGUAGUGCAUCGCCUGCCUCUGAAAGGGUCACGUCGUUACUCGACGGAUCAAUUCCCAGCGCCCUUUGUAAGUUCGGCGUUGAUCGAAUCGCACGAAUCUUCGCGGCCGUGUUGACCGCAAAGUCAAUUUCGUGGUAAAUGACAUCGGAUGGCCUUCUGGAGGUAAAAAGGCGGAAGACACGUGUAUCUGACCCAGCACCUAGCGAUAUAAUUUGUUUCCUCUUGUGCUGAGUCUCAGGGGAGUAUGGACCAAGGAAGUGCGUGACGAGCUGGUCAAUUGCGGUGGUGCGGACGUAGGUCCCUAUUG